UUGUGCUGACCACAGUGCAAACGCUGCCCAGCACAUGUUGGGACACUGCUCCUAUAUAAACAAAGAGCGCCCGUCCCGGCAGCAAGUGGCCCAUGGAGGAACUGUCAGCAUUCACUGGACGAGCUCAAGAUCCAAGCAGUCUCCGAAGCUCAGGUUUUAAGAAAACCUCCUUCUUUGUAGAAACCAUCUUUGCCGCCAAGAUGGCUCAAACCAACCCUCAGCCUGCUCAGCCUGGAUCCUGGAAGGUCACCGUCUAUGACCAAGAGAAUUUCCAGGGGAAACGGAUGGAAUUCACCACCUCUUGCCCCAGUGUCACUGAGUUCAAAUUUGACAAUGUCCUCUCACUGAAGGUGGAGAGUGGCGCCUGGCUUGGCUAUGAGCACACCGGAUACUGCGGGCAACAGUACAUCUUGGAGCGAGGCGAGUAUCCCCGCUGGGAGGCCUGGAGCGGGAGCAACGCUUACCAUGUUGAUCGGCUGAUGUCCUUCCGCCCCAUCAACUCUGCAAACCACAAAGAGUCCAAGAUCACCGUCUUUGAGAAGGAAAACUUCAUGGGCCAUCAGUGGGAGGUGCAGGAUGACUACCCUUCCUUGCAAGCCAUGGGCUGGGGCAACAGUGAAGUGGGUGCUAUGAAAGUUUCCUCCGGAGCGUGGGUUUGCUACCAGUACCCUGGCUAUCGUGGCUACCAGUACAUCCUGGAAGCCGACCAUCAUGGUGGAGACUACAAGCAUUGGCGGGAAUGGGGCUCACACGCCCAGACACCCCAAGUCCAGUCAAUCCGGCGCAUCCAGCAGUAACAACGCCAUGCUUGGGAGCAUCAGCCAACACUGAAGGAGACCCCCCUCCCCCACCGCCACACAUGGCCUUCAUCCCUGGGCUAAGGGAACUGUUCCCUCCUGGGGCACCCUGACACUGCGAUUACAAAUAAAUGCCUUGGAAGACAA